UUCCCAGUGACCUUCACUAGUAACAAUGAGCGUCCCCGCGGUGGGAAUCGACCUCGGCACUACGUACUCGUGCGUGGGCGUGUUCCAAAACGGCAGGGUCGAGAUCAUAGCCAACGACCACGGCAACAGGACCACUCCGUCUUAUGUCGCCUUCAACGAGAAUGAGAGGUUGAUAGGAGAUGCUGCUAAGAAUCAGGCAGCAACGAACGCAAAAAACACAGUUUUCGAUGCCAAGCGGUUGAUUGGAAGAAAAUUUAACGAUCCCUGUGUACAAAAUGACCUUAAAAAUUGGCCAUUCCAAGUCGUUGCGGAAGGUGACAAGCCAAAAAUUGUCGUUGAAUACAAAAAAGAAACAAAGAAGUUCACUCCAGAAGAAAUAUCCUCGAUGGUUUUGACAAAAAUGAAAGAAACCGCUGAAACGUAUUUAGGAGGGACUGUAAAAGAUGCAGUUAUAACGGUCCCUGCCUACUUCAAUGAUUCACAACGCCAAGCUACCAAAGAUGCUGGAACAAUUGCUGGACUACAUGUUCUUAGAAUUAUCAACGAACCAACCGCUGCUGCCCUCGCUUAUGGCUUGGAUAAAAAUUUGAAAGGUGAUAAGAAUGUUCUCAUAUUUGAUCUUGGUGGUGGAACAUUUGAUGUUUCAAUUCUCACGAUAGCUGAGGGAUCGCUCUUUGAAGUCCGGUCGACAUCAGGGGACACACAUUUAGGUGGUGAAGAUUUUGAUAGUCGAAUGGUUGAUCACUUUGCGCAAGAAUUUGAAAAGAAGUAUAAGAAAAAUUUAAGGGACAACCCUAAAGCAGUCAGAAGAUUACGCACGGCCUGCGAACGAGCUAAAAGAACUCUUUCAACUAGCACUGAAGCCAACGUGGAGGUCGAUGCAUUAUUCGAAGGCAUAGACUUUUAUUCAAAACUCACAAGAGCACGUUUCGAAGAACUGAAUUCUGAUCUGUUUCGAGCGACGCUGGCGCCUGUAGAAAAGGCAUUAAAAGACGCUAAAUUAAAUACAAGAGAAAUACACGAUGUCGUAUGUGUAGGCGGUUCAACAAGAAUUCCUAAGAUACAAAGACUGUUGCAGGAGUUUUUCGGCGGUAAAAUGUUAAAUCUUAAUAUAAAUCCCGACGAAGCUGUCGCUUACGGUGCUGCUGUCCAGGCCGCUAUAGUCACAGGAUCCAAAGACGAGCGUAUAGCUGACGUUCUGUUGGUGGAUGUAAUACCGCUGUCUCUUGGUAUCGAGACUGCAGGAGGCGUCAUGACAAAGCUGGUUGAUAGGAACACCAGAAUCCCAAUAGAGCAGAAGCAAAUAUUUACGACUUAUGCUGAUAAUCAACCAGCAGUCACUAUUCAGAUAUACGAAGGCGAGAGAGCACUGACCAAGGAUAACAAUUUGCUAGGAACAUUUAAUCUGUCGGGUAUACCUCCAGCGCCAAGAGGUGUGCCACAGAUUGAAGUGUCAUUUGACAUCGACGCUAACGGCAUCCUGACAGUGAAGGCCCAGGACCGAAGCACUGGGCGUUCGGAGAACAUCACCAUAUCGAACGACAAGGGUCGCCUGUCUCAGAAAGACAUAGAGAAGAUGCUACAAGACGCUGAGAAGUUCAAGAAGGAAGACGAAGCCGUGAGAAAACGCGUGGGGUUGAAAAAUCAGCUUGAGGCGUAUGCUUAUGGGUGCAAAGCGGCUAUAGAAAACGCGGGCGACCGUUUAACAGCAGAUGAAAAAGCCGCCGUAGAAAGAGAGUGCACGAACCAAUUGCGAUGGCUCGAACAGCAUCCGGACGCGUCCAAGUCAGACCUAGAAGCUCACUUGAAGGAAGCUGAAAAGGUGUGCCAACCGGCCAUGAUGAAGCUACAUGGAGCAGUAAGUGGCGGAGGGCCGAGCUGCGCGCGCAGAACCAGCGAUGGUGGACCUAGAGUCACUGAACUUGAUUAAAUAUUAU